AAAAAAGUGAAGUGACAGUUGAGUUGAAUGAAAUUUGGAAAGAAAUCAGUUGAAUUUUUAGAAAAUUGAUUUGAGAAGAGUUUUGAUGAUGUUUUUAUUAAAAAGUACAUAACUGCAAAAUGUUACUGUACCCCUGAAAUAUUGUGGUAUAAUUACGAUGCUCCCUCCAUUAUUGCUGUAACCAUCGACACUUAAUGUAUUGUCUUCGAUUUAAAUUUUUGAUUGUUUUUAUGAAUUGAAGCAGUUGGGAGCGGAGCGUUUUGUAUGUUCUAUGCCUAUUAUAAAAUAAAAUGACCUCUUCAGAGAUUGAUUUAAUAGAAAAACUGCGGAAAGAAAAUCUAGACCAGUUUUUCAUCUUGGUUCGCAUGCAUUUAUCAUUCGUGGUUGAUAUAAACACAGAUGAUGUCGAUUGUUCAUCAGACAAGCCGAAGCAAUUUCGCUGGAAUUUUCACAAAAAAUUAAAAAAUUGUAGCUCUGCUUCUAGUCAAAACAACAUUAAUAGCUUAAAAAGUUCAGCUGAAGCGAAUUCUAUAACAGAAGACGGUAUUCUGAGACUCAAUGAAUUAAUUGAUUUUCUUUCUAAACCUGAAAAUGUCACUCAAGAGGGUAUAUUUCGUCGUACCGGAUCACUGAGCAGGCAACAAGAACUGCGUCAGCUUCUGCACACCGGUUCCAAUUUGGGCCUGGAUGAAAGCAAGUUCUCUGUACAUGACUGCGCUUCAGUGCUAAAAGGAUUCCUAGCAGAGUUACCUCAGCCACUUCUCAUGGAUCAGUAUUAUCAGACGUAUUGUACAUUAGCUACUCAAUAUCCACCCAAUGCUGAGUCUUCAGAGGAGAAGUUAUUAAUUGCACUGCAGUUAUUGUUGCUACUGCUCACACCUUCGCACAGAAGCUUUCUUGAGAGACUGCUCAAGUUACUCAGGCUAGUCGCAGACAAUGAAGCAUCAAACCGCAUGUCACCAGACACUCUGGCUACUAUGUUUACACCGCACUUACUGUGCCCCAGAAAGCUGUCUCCGGAACACUUCCACGCGGACUCCGUAGCCCUCGCGCCCGUGAUCAGCUUCAUGAUCCGCCACUCGUGCCGCUUGUUCGAGGCGCCGGCGCGGCUCGCCACCGACGCCGCCGCGUACUUCACCCGGCGCGUCCUGUCGCCCGCACUACGGCUGGACGAGAGUAUGUCUGACAGAACUGCCGCCAAUACAGUAUAUUCAUUCGUCGAUCGCCAUCGAACUCGUGCCGAAAACGAAAGCAAUCCGACAGACACUGCGCUCGCGCAACUGUACGCGCACAUACAGGCGUUGCCCGACUCGCAUCACAAGCGGCGGCUCAUCAAACACUUCAACAGGCAGAACGGAUAUGGCACACCCAUUCAAAUACAACGCACGGGCAAGGUGGCCGGUUCGCGUAGUUUCGGCGAUUCUAUAAAAAGGCACAUAUUCAAUAAGGGAUUGUUGAACAAAACACCGAAGAAAGGUUCAACAACUAUCAGCACAGUGGAGGAGAAGACCAGUAAAACCAAGUUGCGUUUCAAUGACGAAAGCAAAGUAGACGUUUCGCACAAGAACAUAGUGCUAAAGAACUUGGCAAACAAAAUAGCUAGCACGGAAUCUUUGGACGACGAUUUAGAUUACGACACGGACGGAAGCGACGACACUACUUUAUCCGAAGGCGCUUUAAGUACAUCGAGAAAACUGAGUCCGAAAUUCGUGUCCGAACCGAAUUUGAGUGUUCUAGACGCCGAAGAAACGCCGAAGAAUACGAAGAAACGCUCCCGUUUAUUCCGUACGAAGUUAUCAUCAUCACAAAAUGUGAACAAGAAGUAUCAGAAGAGGAAUGGCGUUAUAAAAGGAACGCCUACAUGUGUUUCUUGCUUGGACGAUGGCAACUCCGCGUCGGAAAGCGAUGAGUGCGAUGACAAAAGUCCUAUAAAGGACACGCCAAAGAAAAUACGACCCUAUAACGAUGGGGUAGAGUUGAAAAUGCACUAUUUGACGAGUACGCCUGGUGUGCCAAAUAUAGUAGAAUUCGACGAAGAAUGUGCAACGCCAUUCGGUGCUAACUUCAGACGAUCUUCGAUGUCGCCUAUAACGAAAUCUACACAGAAGUUGUCUAAGGCUAUGCAGGAAUCCAUAAUGACGCCGCGUUCGCGUAAACCCCUUAUCGUUACGUCCGAACAACGCGACAGUUUGCCCCAGACCAACAAGAACAAAUCCGUGGAAGCGACCAAAUCGGACGACUUGUACCAGUCGAUGUCGCCGAACAACGACAGCGACUUCGUGUCGUCGGACGACGACGCCGCGUCUAGAUCGUCGUACUCUUGUGAAAGAUCCCACUACUCUUCGUUACCGAAGCAGAGGCGAUCUCUCUCUUUAGGCGACAUCAGCCCUCUAAGAUCAGAAAAUACGCGUUUCGUUAACAGUCACGAUCGUCCUAUUCUAGAUCAAGACUUAAACGCGACUCAUAAUGACAAUUUAAUGAUGCCAAAGAUCAAAAUCACACAUGACUUGACUAACUUUACUGAUCAAAAAACGAAAUCUCUAACGGAACCAUUCAGGGAAUAUUUGCUUAGUAGAUCGGUGCUUACAGCGACACCUGUCGACUUAUCGAUAUUAAACAAAUCGACUGACAGCGACGGAAAAAUUACGGAUUCUCUACUCUAUUGUUUAGACGGUAAUGUACCUUCUGAUCUCACUUUAUCCAUAGGCAAUUUAGUUGUGGAUAAAGAAACGCGAUCGCCUUUAAAGAACUUAAACAAUAUUGUAAGUGUUGAAGUUAGUCCGAACAGGAAACGGUGUGCGAGUACGUCUUUAUCUAAGGAAAAUGAAGAAAUUGAAUCGAAAAAAACUUUAGUCGAACAAGAUAAUUUUGAUACGGAGAGACGUUUGUUCAAAAUACGUGAAACUGAGCUUUAAUUUUAUUGCCAUAAUAUAUUUUUUUUAAUUAUGGUCAUUAAAUGUAUAAUAAUGAUAAUUAUGAAGCGUGUUUCCAAAGGGAUAUAGAAAAUUAUGGUGCCAAAUAUUUGAUGUUGAUGUAUGUAUAUAGUAACCAUUUUUCAUUUCUAUUGAAAAUGACGGUGCGUGGCUUAUGAAAAAUUAGUGGAAAAUAUUUAAAUGAUCCUCAAAAAAAAAAUACUAAGUUAUCACCAAAACUUGAUGAUCAUUUAAUAUAAUUCGUAAUUCAUAUUUAAUUUUAUAACAUUUUACUUUUUCGACUGUAACCUUUAGUUUUUUGUUGAAAACUACCUAAAUGACAUUAUUCACAAUGAGUCUUGACUCCUAUGUAUCUCUUGACUUUAUAUUUCUGAUAAUAAGAUUCUUAUCAUCAUCAUCAGCCUAUUAAUGUCCCUGCUGGGGCACAGCCUUUUCCUAUGGAUGGAAUAGGGAGAUUGGGCCAUCAUGACCCACCACGCGGGCCCAGUGCGGAUUGGUGGGCUAACGACUGCAGCUGCAGCCGGGACCAACGUCUUAAACGUGCCUUCCGAAGCACGGAGAUAGUGAAUUUUUGGUCACCUAUCCAAUGACCGACCACUGUGAAAGUUGCUUAACUUCAACGAUCGUAGCCCAACGUGCAAACCACCUGCGCCAUCGAGCUCCUCUUAAUUAAAUUUAUUCUAUUAAAAAUAUAAAUUCUAAAAAGUAGAUUAUAUUCCAUAAAGACAUUGAAUGAAACGGAUUGACCGCAAACCGUGAAACGUUUUACUGAAAGCAACUUCCUGUACAAAGUAUCAUUUCUUUGCAGGCAUUAAUUUAUAUUCAAAUCAGCCAGAAUCUAGUCCAUUUGAUUGUUUCCAAAUAUUGUUCCUUUACUAUGGUUGCAACUGUAUAGCAUAAUGCUCUUGGUAACAAUUUGUAAAUUAAUAAAAUGGAAGUAUAGAAGAACUCUAAAAUUAUGCAAAAAAGAAAACGAUUGUGCUAAUGACCACACGACUGAAGUGAAACUUCAGCUUCACUCCAUCUGUAUGUAUAUAUAUGUGUGUGUGUGUACAAUAUAUACAUGUAUGUACAUAUACAUAUUUCAUUUACUAGAAGAGAAAGAGAGAAAGAAAAUUUGCGCGCGCACUGCUCUUUCUUGCUUAUAUCACCCACUCAUCCCGUUCGCCUCGCCCGAUCACACUUUUCGUAACGCGUAAAACAUUCACCAGCUUACCGUCCUAGUCAAGCGUGCGUUAAGAAAUUUCACUUCAAAACUAGCCAGUGACGAGUAGCCAGUCAAUAGCUACAAAAUCACCGGGCCUACUCUAAUGUAUCUAUUGAUUUCGUUCUUUGAUCUCUGUUAAAUGUGGUUUAUUGUUGUGGACUUACUUUACAUUAGUAGUACGAAAUUUAGCUAGGUUAAGUAUUGCAUUUCGGUUUAAAAACAGAUAGUGACUGAAAAGUCAUCAGUUACUUUUUCGUAUAUAAAACAAAUUAAAUAAAAAUACGUAUACACUUUUUAUACGUUAAAUCCUGGUAUUGCAAUGUAUAAAGCUCAAUUUUCAUCGUAUUUCUAUACUUAACACUUGAGGACUACAAUAUAAAACUUUUUACGGUCACACUUAUCCGUCUAUAUUUUUUUAAGUUUGGUUUAAUUUAAUGAUGAUACUUUUCAAACAUUAACAGCCUGUUUCGGUAAUAAACUUACAGUAAAUAAUCUGCUUAGCAACAGUUCUAAUUACAAUCUAAGUAAUUAAAAUAUCCCUCAGUAACAAAGCUCUAAGGCUCCGCGCCCCGAGACCGCAACUCGCGUAGAAUGUGAAAUUAAAAGCAAAACGCAAAAGCAAAUUUCUCUGUCUCGUGAGUUUUCAAAUAAUACAGCACUGCGGCCGUGAGUUCUUAGCAUAGUAGGCCUAUGUUUGACUGGAGUUUGAUUAUUAUUAGAACUGGCAAAAAGUAAAUCUGCCAGUCGGCCGUUUAUGCCUUGUACCAGGCACUGAUUAAAAACUUCACGUAUAUUUUAUAAAAGGCAAUUCCUACUACACACUAUAAUACUGUGUGGGCAUGCAGUAUAAUUCGUACAAGCUGUACCCAUAGUACGAGUUUGAGCUCACGAAAACUAUCAUAGUUUUCGUAACUGUAAAUUAUGUUCCUAUGUCCAUUUUGGUGAAAAGUGAGACGCAAAUGAUUUAAUGUUAGAAUUUAAACAUUGUUUAUUUGUAUUGAAACGAAAACAAUAAAAUCAGUACCCUUAGUACGAGUUGGACUCACGAAUACUAUCAUAGUUUUCGUAAUUGUAAAACUCGUAUGCGCGAUGACGCGUGAAUUCGACCAAUUUUAUCUCUAUUGUAAGACAUAACAGGGCGUCACUGCGCACUACCAUAAAUUGACCGCAUUAUAUGAAUUAAUUUCGGACACUCCAAGACAAACGGAAUUCAUCAUUUAAAAGGUGUCAUAACGUCCUUGUACUUCCAAUAACUGCGAUUAAUUAAUCAAUAUUUAAAAAAAUCGCUAUUUCCUGAAUAAUUUGAAUAAUGUCAUUUAAGUAAUCCACUAAUCUUAUGAUAUUAUUAUCUUGACUUGUUUUUUAAGUUAACUUUCUCAUUACUACAAAAAUGAGCCGUCGUUUUUUCUAUUCAUUGACUAUAAGCCAAUAAUGUUAAGUAAUAUAUAUAUUUAUAUAUAUACGAUAUUACUAAUUAUUUCUAUAUUGUUUUAAACUUUCAUGGUCACCAACAUUAUAGUAAUUUAUGUUUUUUACGGGAUUGUUACCGUGUACCUUGUUUUUAGCGAGUUUCCGAUAAUAUUUCGGUACUGUUGCAAGCGCCAUGAUUACGCAGUAACUGAGUAAAAUUACUCCGUAAGUCAGUUACUCAGUGAUUAUUUCGCUUGCAACAGUGCCGAAAUAUUAUCGGAAACUCGCUUAAAACAAGGUACAUGGUAACAAUCCCAUAAAAAACAUAAAUUACUAUACUUCUAUAUUAUUUACGAUUGUGCCUAAUAACUUCUCAUCGGAAAGGGAUAAGUUGUAAGCUUCAUUGUUUUGUUAUCUUAAAAAAAUAUUAAUAAUUUAACUUUUGGGGUAGGAUUGUAUACCAAGCCAAAGUGGCGCGGCGAAGUUACUGAGAUGUUAACAAAUUAAGUUAAACCGUAAUUCCUAGUUUUUAAGCACUUAACUGCUAGAUGUUUAAAUCUAAGGAACAUUUUACUUGGAAAAAAUCCACGUGGACUAGGCAGCCGACGGGACUCGACUGGGAAAAUAAAAAUAUAACUAUAAUUGCUAUUUACUCUUUCAUAUGUUUAAUUCUUGUAAAGGUAUUCAUUUGACGUUCUGGGUUAACUACAAUGCGAAGUGAUGGCGCUGCUUUGCAGACUAGCUAGAGAAUAAAAACCUAAUACUAGAGAAUAUUCGGCACGGACAAUACGGGCUGUGGUAGCAGUGGUCAGUGUAUUCGCCCGGAUAGCGGAGGUUGCGGGUUUGAGUCCCGUCUGCUGGCUGGCCCACGUGGUAUUUUUCUAGUAAAAUAUUCUUUAAGACUAGUUCCUUUACCAUAAAUUUUAAAAAUUUAUAGCAUUCAUGGAUCAAUACAUAAGCGAGCGUGGCGAAGAGCCACGGAGUUGUGUAUUGUGUCAUGUUUGCUGAGAUUUUUUUUUACUCAUAAUAUAGGAUAUGGGAUUAACAUAAAUUGUUAACUUCUCAGUAUCUUCUAGCGUCUCUCCCGAUGUGCACUGCGCCUUAGUCUAACAAUAUUUCCAGUGUGCUAUCAAAGUGAUUUUGUACUUGUAUCUGACGUUUAAUAAUAAUAGUUAAUAAUUUUGAUAAUAUGAAUAUAAUUUUAGAGGACAUAAUAUUAGUUCUAUUAAUAAAGUGUCCUAUUAAGUGCCUUGAAUGUUUAUAAUGUAAAAGCAAAAUGUAUAGUCGAAGAAUUACGAACUAUCACUUAAAGUCGAUAAUCGUUUGUGUAGUGUAUAAAUUAACCUAUAAUUAUGAUGCCGGCACUUCUCUUAUUUAUUCGUGUUUGCUAUUUGCAAACAUGACAUCAGUCUGUCCUUUUCAUUUCUUGUGGAGCAUGAUAAGGACGGACUGAUGUUUAGUUUACAAAUGAUUUUUAUUUUUAUUGCACUUUUUGUUUCCCGCUAAGUUUGGAAUCUCCGACACCACCUAGGUUGGCUGGAAGAGAUCUCUUUUAAAUAUAAGCCCACCUUUGCAAACUAUGUAUUUGACUUUCUGUUUUGAACUAUAUAAUGCAAUAGAAAGUAUAACUAAUUAUAGCAAAAACGAAUAGCCAAGUGAAGUGCGGGUGUGAGGUAUUGAGAUAAAACUCGGACGAAUUACAUCUUUACGUGAUAGAUCGUGAAUUUAUUUCACUGUUUAAACUAAAUUGUUCCACCUGUUUAAACUUGUAGGAAAUAUAAAUUCUGCCUACAUGGUUCGUACGAUAUUAAAUUUCAUUAUCAACGUAUGAGUUCGGUUUUUGAAUUCAUUGCACAAUCCCUUUAUGGAUCAAUUACAUUUGGUCGUUAACUCGUAUUCGGGUGCACGAAAGACAUUAUUCGAAUUCGGGCAUCCGAAGCAAUAUUUACACUGAAUUACGGGCUGGAAGUCGGUGUCGAGUAACCAAUGCGAAACUACGUACCCGACUCCGUCUAUUUAGACUUAGUCGUUUACCCGAAUUCCAUUGGCACUCGUAUUCGGGCUAACGAUCAGCUGUAAUUGCGCUUAUGUCGACACAUUAUUAAGUUGGAUGUGGACUUUGGAUGCCUAACAUUGAAGUUUGGAUGUCUUGCAUUGUAUAAUUGUUUAUUAGAAUAUUUCUGUAUGCAUUUAUAUGAAUGCUGUUGCAUUUAUAUGAAAGGGUACACAUCACAGUGAUAUGUAACGUAUAAUAAAAUUGAUAUUAAAUAUUAUUAAAAAUA